AUGGCCGAUUCGUCGCCAAAUAGUAGUAUAGCUCCGUCCAAUGAUCCACAUUCAAACGAAGUCUUGGCUGCAUUGGGCGCUCUCUUGAAAGCUGUUCAAGAGAUGAAUCCCGCGCAUGCUCGCCCAAUUCCCCCUCACCCCGUUCGCUUCAAUCUACUUUCCCGUCCCAGUCGAUCUGCACAAACGUGUCGAAUCUGCAACUUUCCAGGUCACCACGGCGACAGCAUCCAUUACGCAGGUGCUUGCAAAGCUGCUAUGGUCAGUAUGGUUGGCUUUUGGGAAGAUAUUGCCGCUCACCUUGCCCUGCUCUACCGAGAACACCAACUUUUCCAAACGGCCAUCAAGAACAACAAACCUACGUAUGAUAUGCGCCUCGACAAUGCUCCCGCAAUUGCUGGAAACAUGGAGACAGUGCUAGUCGGUCGGCUUACGAGGAGCUAUCUCAAAUUCCAGAGUCACUGCUCGGGAUUGCGCCCGAAGUUGCUGCAUAUUUUGUCUGAGGGUGACAAACACCGCUACUGCGCGAUAACCAACACCCUCAACGACUUCUUGCUGAAUGGAUCAACUUUGACCGAACUCUUCGAGCGCAGCCUUGCUGAGCGUCAAUAGGCCGCUUAUCUCCAGCCCUCCUCAUCCAACUCCUUUACUAUGCAAUGGAGAACACGCGCUAGGCUUCGCGCUUGGCCUUGACAUGCAGGACUCUAACGGCCUGCGUGGAUCGCGUUAGUUGGGCGAGUGGGCUCAAAAAGUAUGCUAAGGGCAAGGUUUCUCAUCUGAUCUCUAGCAUCUCUCCGAUUUAUCACAAGCGCGCAUGUACUCCAUUGCAAUCCCAUUCGCUUCCCUCCAAUUCAGACUCUUAAAAUGUUUCAUCAGUGUGUAUAUGGAUUCGGCAAGUACCCUAGUGCCUGACCUACAAUCUUCAUGGAAAGCGUGGUAGUUAUCCAUGGGGUCUCAUAUUCUCUCUGCUCUAGACUCUCCUUUUGCUAUAGUUUUCCAAUGUCUACUCCCAUUCUCCCUAACAUAAACCAUACCAGUACUAAAGAUCUAACUUACCACCAACGGUAAAGCAUCA